AUGAAGGAUGAUUUGCGAGAAGAGGAGCCUGAGCUCGAUCGAGCUGAGGAUCGAGCUGAGGUCGAGCUGAGGAUCGAGCCAGGAGAGUGCGAUUUGGGUGAGCCUGAGUGCUAUUACUUUGAGGAGUAUGAGGCUCCAAGGAUGAACCCCUCUGUUGUGGCUGCCACAAGAGGAUUGGACUUCUCCAAAAGUUCAACAAAUGGCAAGGGAAAGCCAUUGAGAAGAUGCAAAAGUCCAUGGACAAGAUGGAGAAGACAACACGCAGAGAAGGAGGAAGAGCUUCCAAGGCCAGACGCUCCAGCUCGACCACCGGACUCGAUCGAGUCCAAACAGAGGAAACUCAACUCGAUCGAGCUGAGUCGAGUGAGGAGCCCCAGUUCGAGAACCCUGGGUUCGAGUACGAUCCCAGCCUACCAGGAGCCUUCCCAGAGCUGGAACCCCUAUGGACAGUACGAGCUAGCCAAUGCUCCACCAAGGCCAAGGAAGCCACACCACUUUGAGAUGAAGAAGAGGAGGAAGAGGAGCCGCAAGCUCGAUCGAGUGAGGGCAACCCCAGUUGCAUGGAGUGCUCCUGAUGGCCGUCUCCCAUCUCCAGACCACGACCUAGUCUCCCAGUUCUUUGGGGGACACUGA